CUGUACUACUUAAAUUCCUUCAGGGCUGUGCUGUUUUGAGCACGCCACUUAGUCAAGCUGCCAGAGCAAUCAAGGGCAAAGCAUAAUGAUGGACCUAUUUGAAACAAAUUCCUAUUUCUUUUACCUGGACGGAGAUAACGGAGCCUUUCAACAACUGGGAGUAGCAGAUGGGUCACCUGUUUAUCCAGGUAGUGAGGGGACUUUGUCCCCAUGUCGUGAUCAGCUGCCAGCAGAUGCUGGAAGUGACAGUAGUGAGGAAGAACAUGUCUUAGCUCCACCAGGACUACAACCCCACUGCCCUGGGCAGUGUCUCAUCUGGGCCUGCAAGACGUGCAAGAGAAAGUCUGCUCCAACUGACAGAAGAAAAGCAGCCACCCUAAGGGAAAGAAGAAGGCUAAAGAAAAUCAACGAAGCCUUUGAGGCUCUUAAAAGGAGGACUGUGGCAAACCCAAACCAAAGACUUCCAAAGGUUGAAAUCCUACGCAGUGCCAUUAAUUAUAUUGAGAGGCUCCAGGACCUUUUGCACAGUUUGGAUCAGCAGGACAAGCCACCGAAAGCAGACGAGGAACCCUUCUCUUAUAACUCCAAAGAGGCAGCUGUAAGCAAAGUUCAGAGCGAGGAUUUCUUAAAUACCUGUCAUCCUGAAUGGCACCAUAUUCCUGACCAUUCCAGAAUGCCCAAUCUCAAUAUUAAAGAAGAAGGAUCCCUACAGGAGAAUUCCUCUUCCAGCAGCCUGCAGUGCCUCUCCUCUAUAGUGGACAGCAUAUCUUCUGAUGAACCCAAGCACCCUUGCACUAUACAGGAGCUGGUAGAGAAUUAAUAGCACCCCUCUCUAGCGCUUCAUGGCUCUACCAGCUCAGCUUCCCAAAUUUCCUAAUCACAGUUAUGGGAGCAACUGCUCUACUAUUCCCCAUUUAUUUAACAAGCGACUGUUGGAUUCAAUCCUGUUGCACUGAAGUGACAUUAUAUUUUACAGACCACAUUUGCUUUGUCUCACCAAAAAUUUCCUCUGUCAUUAUUUAAAAUGCCAAUAUAUCCACUACAUUCAACAUAAAUUCAUUCCUGAUUGUGCAAAGUGCAGAGAUUAUAUUUUAUAUUUGUAAUUAUGGACGGUGUUGGAAAUGUUCACGUUCCUUGUAAAUAAUCAUAUAUUACUGUUCUACAAGCACUCAUAUUAUUUAAACUAUGGUUUGGAAUGGUGAAUAUAGAAAUAUUACAAUAUAUAUCCUACUAAAUAAACUUUGUUGUUAAGAAA